GAACACCUCCCCACCGCCCCCCAGCUAGCUUAGUGGCUAACACAACAUCGACUGGCAUCAAACUUCAGAGAUUUGGAUUAACGGGAGAAUAAGCCGCUCGGUGAUGGCGAGCUCCGCGCUUUCCCGCACCGUGUAGCGACCGGACAUGGAUCCACGACGCGGGAACCGGCGCGCGCUUUUAGAAAUGAGAUAAAUGCGUGUGAGAAUCUGUGAAACAUUAGUUAGCUUAGCGCGGCUAGCGUUUUUUUUUGGCGCUCGGGUUAACUUUGAGCUGUGCAGUGAUUGAGCGUUAGCUUAGCUAACAGGCUAACGGCUAAAGCUGCCUCUCCGCGGAGUAGUUUUGGGGUCCGUGCGUUAGCUUAGCCAGCUAGCUUCAGUUAUUUACUCAUAUUACUUUUAUCAAAGAAAACAAUCAAACAUUGGAUUAAAACCAACAAAUCUGUUCAGUCAUCAUCGUCAUCAUCAUCAUCAUCAUCAUCCCCCUCACUGAUGAAGAAUGAGUGUGUGUGUAGUGCUGGGGACUGAAUCAGGAACCCUGAUGGCUGGAUCUGGGUAUCAAAUGGUUGUGUGAAGAACCAUGGGAAGCUGCUGGAGCUGUCCAGAUAAAGAAUCCAUACCUGACAAUCACCAGAGCAAGUUCAAGGUGGUGAACGUUGACGAUGACGGUAACGAGCUCGGGGCUGGGAUCAUGGAGCUGACCGAGGACGAGCUCGUUCUCCGCACACACAAGUGUGAUGCAGUGAGGUGGCCUUACCUGUGCCUCCGUCGCUAUGGUUACGACUCCAACCUCUUCUCCUUCGAGAGCGGCCGCCGCUGCCAGACGGGUCAAGGGAUCUUUGCGUUUAAGUGUGCACGAGCGGAGGAGAUCUUCAACAUGCUGCAGGACAUCAUGCACAACAACAGCAUCAGCGUGGUGGAGGAACCUGUGUUUGAACCCACGCUCACACACACACACGUAGAACCGGAAGCUCCGCAAACGCCUCGUACUCCCACCGGUGGCGCUCUUCCUGUUUUACCCAAUGGGAGCCUGCGGUACCCGUCGCUAGGUGACGCCUCCUCCCACCCCUCCAGUAGGCACCCCUCGGUGGGCAGCACCCGCCUGCCGUCUGUGGGAGAAGAGUCCACUCACCCGCUGCUGAUGCCUGACGACAGCAUACGGGGCCAUACGUAUGUAAACACUACAGGCCUACUGGAGGAUCAGCAUGCAGGGGCAGGACAUGUAGACCCCCCUGCCCCCCACAGCCCCACCCCUGAGGGGGAGGAGCCUGUGCAGGCUCCAGACCCUGGUCCUCGUGUACAGCUGGAGCGUGAGGGCGUGAGGUUCGUGUUGGGGCCGACGCCCGUGCAGAGGCAACUCAUGGCUAGGGAGAGGCAGCAAGAUGGGGGCGUGUCAUCCGGAUCCACCCACAACUCGGCAAACGGGGGUGUGGCCGCUACAGAGGCGGCUCCGGAGCACUCGAACGGUCCCGUGUUUAACCCCCCGUCACGCCGCAGGCCUCGCCCCCCGCCUCUCAGCCCCGACGCUAACGUAAACAACUCUGCCCAGCGCAGGACGGCGUUGUUGGAUUACGAGAACCUCCCCUCGCUCCCUCCACUGAGGGAGGACCCUAAAGCGGGUGACGAGGACGGGGAUCAGGACGAGGCCGUCCGGACCAAGACACAGCAGCCGCCUUCCAACGGGUAUCACGGUGCCGACUCCGCACACCUCUACAUCAACACCGAGAACGUAGCAGCGGCGAUGUGGCCGGAGUCGGCGCCUCUGAGCGCAGGGUGGGCGGAGUCCGGGCCUCUCAGUGCCGGGAGGGUGGAGUCGGGGCGCUUCAGCGUGUUUAACUUCGAUGUGCGGCGUCCGUGUGAGCAACACACGCUCAACUACAUCGAGGUGGAAAUGGACCCAGGUUCAGACUGCAGUACGCCCAGGACGCCGCACACGCCCGCCUCGCCACGCCCUCCCACGCCUACCGCUGCCCCGCCCACAGCUACGCCCACACGCAGGACCGAACUGUAUGCAGUGAUCGACGUGGAACGCACAGCAGCCAUGUCGAACCUGCAAAGAGCGCAGCCUCGCUACGACGGUACGUCCAGGAAAACCCGACACAACAGCGUGGACCUGCCCAUGUAACCCCACCCACUUUGCUUUUUUCUCUAAAACUUUAUCAGAAACCUUUAAAAGGCACUCGGUGGUUCCGGAACGGUGUAGCGCAGGGCGAUGGUUUAUAUUUGUAUUCGGCGACCAUGCACUCGCCAUCCUGUGCACGAGCGUGACCUUUGACCUUCACCGCACGGCUGGACUGCAGCCUGUGUCCAUUCCGUACAGAUCAGUAUUACUGAUGGAGCAUUUCCUGUUUGUGUUUGUCUUCUUAUGUUGUACUUUUGUAUUGAAAAUGCCACGACAGGUUGUUUUAUAAUUUCAGUAUCCAGGGACUUUUACGGUACACGACGGCGGCCAUCUUACUGACUGCAUUUAGAUUUCACUACAGCACAAUAAAAGACUUUUAUUUUGUUUGAUUCAUAUCCGA